CAGAGCCAGCUGUCUGGUCUCACCUCAGCCUCCUUGAUUGCCUCACAGUCUGUCAUCUCGUCCUACCGAGCUACAGUCCUGUGCAUACAGUGGUGGUUCUGUGCAGGCUGGGGAACGAUGUGCGCUUUACACUGGUCCAGGGUCAAACGCUCUCUCUGAGAUGCCCGCAAAGCCGCCUUUCACCGAAAGAAAGCGAGCCUGUGGUGGCUUUUGCUCUGAUCUGUGAGCAUCUCCGAGGUACUCAUCCUUUUACAUUUUGGAUUUUCUGCUGCUGAGAUUAAGAAGACUGUCAUGACUGGAGCUGAGACUGAUGAUGAUAUUCCCUUAGGGGAACGAAAAACUGUCACUGAUUUCUGCUAUCUCCUGGACAAAUCCAAACAACUCUUCAAUGGCUUGAGAGAUCUUCCUCAAUAUGGACACAAGCAGUGGCAGUCGUACUUUGGUCGAACCUUUGAUGUCUAUACAAAGUUGUGGAAAUUUCAGCAGCAACAUAGACAGGUUUUGGACACGCGUUAUGGGUUAAAAAGAUGGCAAAUUGGAGAAGUUGCAUCCAAAAUAGGGCAGCUGUACUAUCAUUAUUACCUUCGUACCUCAGAAACAAGUUACCUGAAUGAGGCCUUUUCAUUUUACUCAGCCAUACGACAGCGGUCCUACUAUUAUCAAGUAAACAAAGAGGGCAGGCCAGAAUUGGUAGUGAAAAAGCUACGUUACUAUGCCCGUUACAUUGUUGUCUGUUUACUGCUGAACAAAAUGGACCUAGUUAAAAUUUUGGUGAAGGAGCUAUCUGAUGAAAUUGAGGAUUAUACUCAACGGUUCAACACAGAGGAUCAACUUGAGUGGAACUUGGUGCUACAAGAAGUUGCCGCUUUUAUAGAGGCUGACCCAGUUGUGAUACUGAAUGACAACAAUUCUGUUAUUGUCACCAGCAAUCGACUGCAAGAAGGAGGGGUGCCACCCCUAGAACAAGGCAUGGUGGUUGGGCAGCUCGUCCUGGCCGAUGCACUGAUCAUCGGCAACUGUAACAAUCAGGUAAAAUUUAGUGAGUUAACCAUUGAUAUGUUCCGGAUGCUUCAAGCUUUGGAAAGGGAGCCUGUAAAUUUAGCUACACAAACCUCCAAACAGGGGACACUGGAACCGAUUGAAAAACCUGCAAAAAGAGAGAACCCUCACAAAUAUCUUCUUUACAAACCAACAUUUAGCCAGCUGUUUACUUUCCUGUCUGCUUCUUUUAAGGAAUUGCCUGCAAACAGUGUUCUGCUGAUUUAUCUUUCUGCCACUGGAGUCUUCCCUGCUGGUCAUUCAGUUUAUGAAGGACCGUUUGAUUUCGGAGGAGUUCUCACGAAUACGAAUCGAGAUGUUGUCAAUGGUGAGACAAUGCAAAAAAGAAAUCAAGCCCAAAAAGAAAUGCACUGUCUUCAUCCAGGAGACUUGUUUCCUUUUACUCGUAAGCCUCUUUUUGUCAUUGUCGAUUCUUCCAACAGUACAGCCUACAAGAAUUUCACAAAUAUGUUUGGCCAACCAUUGGUGUGCCUGUUGUCACCUACUGUGUAUCCUAGUAGUGUCCAAGAUCAGUCUCAGCGUGGGAGUCUGUUCACACUGUUCCUCUACAGCCCACUUCUGGCCUUCUCCUCAGUGUGUGGCCUAAACAGUGUGCGCCAAGGGUUGUGGGAGCGUGCGCAAGAAUUCCUCUGUAAGGUCUAUCGUGACAUUGGACAGCUGAUUACCCGGUCAAGAUCUAUAGAUCAAGCCUUUUUGCAGUUCUUUGGUGAUGAGUUCCUUCGACUGCUUCUCAUCCGCUUUGUGUUUUGCUCAGCUGCAUUGAGACUACAUAAACUCUUCCGGGAGUGUAGGAGCUUCCCAGAAUCGUACCCAGAGCUGCCUAGACAGGAGACGGUGGAGAGCAGCCUAUUACAAAAGCAUAUAAUAGAGCUGGCUACAAUGCUGGAAGUGCAAAACUUAUUUUGGGAUGAUGGUUUGGAAACCUACUAAUUGUGGGCUGUCAUAUUAAAUAUUGGCACACUGAUUCAGAGCCCAGGUGUGUUAUACACCAUUCCACUUUGUCUUUAAUGUAAGUACUGUGCCACGUCCAACCCAUAGAUGAGCCAGAACGUUCAGUGUAAAUGUUGCUUUAGCAUUACAGGCUAAAUAAAAGGUCCAACAUUGUUCAAAUGAAGGAUGAACAGCAGCUUGUCAUUGGAUUUAUGUUUGAUAGAAAAUUCUAUUAUAUUUAAUGUUUUCUGAGAUAUAAAGACGAUGAGCUUUACACAUUAGUGCAAAGGCAAGUUUUUUGUGGUGCUAUCAUAACUAAAAUUACAUAAGGUUAACACCUACCUAUUUUUAAAAGGUAAAAAAAAAACAAAAAACAUUAUAUGUUUGCAUCUGCCAAACAGUGCUUGCUGUAAAACAGCUUAAAUGUAGCAGACUAAGAUGCAUGAGGUUUAACCUAUGUGGUAUGUUGCUUGUUGCUGCACAUCUCAUUGAUGUAUUCAUUUCACAAUGUCAAGUAAUACUUCUACUUGGAAAAAAAAAUUUAAAGUAGUUUUUAUGUCACUGUGGUGUAUAUUUGCAUGCUAAAUUUAUUUGUUAAUAUCAUUCUUGUAGGGCCCAAAAGGCUGAUACACAAUGAUAAUGUCCUAUUAAAAGAAACACACACAAGAAAAGCACAUAAUAUUUAAAGGGUAGCAUGAACUGACAUUAAACUGACUAAUUAGGACAACCUAUAAUAUUUGGACAUAAAUUAUUUUCUCCAUUGGUAUGUUUUUCUUAUAUCACCUGAUGGCUGCAGACUAGAAGGAUUGGCCUGUUUUGGGAUCUUCUAAUCCUGCUUUCUCUCGACUGACAGUGUAGUCUAAACAUGACUGAGGCAUUAUUGCAAUCAGUGAUGCAGUAUAUCAGGCAUGUUAUGUUUCCUCUGACAGUCUUCUCUUACACAAUGUCAAGCUGCUGAAAACAAGUCGUGGGAAGUACAGUUGCUGUUAACUGAGUAUAAAUGCAUUUUAGCUGUAUCAGGUGUCUAUUGAACAACUGCAAGAUAUUGUCACACUUUUAUGAUAAAUAAUGUGGGACAUUUAUUUAUAUUUACUUGGGAGUAGAAUACUAACUUUGUUAGUUAUCUAAAGUUAGACAAAGCACAAUUUUUCCAUUCACUAUUUAGUUUUUCUCUGUGGAUAUGAAAAGCGGUCCAGCAUCUUCCAAGGUGCUUUACUGUUACUUUACAUUUUUGCGGACCUAAGGUUUUAAAUGUAUGAUUUCUUUUGACUCAGUGGAAGAGACACUUUACAAGAACAGCAGGUCAUUGAUUUAUCCAUGUGUUCGAAUCAUUGGUAGUCAGUGGGUAAAAAUAUGCUGCUUACCAAAUGUUUAUAAUAGAUUAAAUUAAAUUAAGCCAACCAACAAAAAAUACACAAAAUUUAUAUUCUAGGUUAAAAUAGCUCUGCUAGUCACAAUUACUUUCAUUGUGUUAACUCAACAGAUAGUAGUGAGACCAAAUUGUUUGCUCUAGUAUUAUGUUUCUUAUGUUGGAAAGAUCCAUUGGGACAGCUUUUUGAGGGGUUAGCAUUGGCUGACUUUGUAAUGCUGAACCAGCUGAUCAUUAACUGCCCUUGACCAAACUACUGCAGUUUGAGGAUGUAGCAAAGUCUCAAGGACAUGAUAAUUGAACACUGUUAUGGUGUAUACAAUAUGAAUUGAUUGAGUUUGAUUAUAUGUGCAGAUGAUGUUAAGUGAUGUAAGGACAGGGAUAUUGUUUGUCUUGUAUUCAUUCAGUGUAAGGAAAAAAAAAAGAAUGAGCAGCCCAACUGUUUGUGGCCAGUUUUGUUGUUGGCCUUUUAAAAAUGUUACAUUCCAGCUCUUCAAGGACUUAAAGAGAAACAGUAGAAUGUAUCUACUUCUCGCUUUUCUCCAUUUUCUGUCAGAAACACUGAGCCUUUUUUCUAUUUUAAUGUAAAUAUCAGUGUUCAUUGUUUGUUUGCUAGCAAGUUGGAUUAUGAUACCACAGCCUUGCACUUUAAUAUGACAUUUUGUUUUGGUUGUGUUCGUACUGCCUGGGUAAAACAGUGAAAAAAAAAAAAAAACAGAUUGUGUAUUGGCAUACUUUACACCACAUACUUGUUUCAUUCAUUAUGUUUGCCUCCUCAACUGCGUAAAUUCUAAAAACAACUGUAGCAAUAACAUGUAUUGUGAAUCUGUUUUUAAGCAUUUAUUCAUAAGUAAACAUGGAAUUACUUUUUGUACAGGAGGUGUAAAUAUUAAGUAAACUCCUGCAUGAAAAAGUAUACAGUUCUGUAUACAGUUUUAAUCUGAUACAUUAUACAAGUGCAAUCAGUUACUAAAGACCAAGCUUUCUUCAUCUGUCCGUUGUGUGUGUUGAAAAUAUUUAAAUUUAAUGUUCUACAUUUUGCAUCUACUAAAUAUGAGUUGUUUAAUGUAUAAAUGUGUAUUUUUUUUAUUCCAUUAAGCAUUUUAAUGUCUUGGCAGGCUCCUUUGAGUUUGUUUGGCAGUAUCACUUUAUAUACAAGAAUUAUUUUGAACCGUAACAUACUAAUAACAACCAUAAAACAAGUUAACUAAA